UUCAUGUAGUCAAUUUUGUUUGCAGUUAUUCGGAUUGAAAUAAAUACCUAAAUAGAAUGGAAUCUUGUGAAAAAUAUAAUAAUUUAUGUCGGACUUGUUUAAAGAAAACCACAAAUUUAAUAUCGGUUUUUAAUGAUGUCGAUGUUUGGGAAUUAAACAUAGCUGAUAUGUUAAAGGAAUGUGCCUCUAUUGAGAUUUCAGCAGAAGAUACUUUGCCAAAAGUAAUAUGCGAUCUUUGUAUACAACAAGUAAAAUAUAGUUUUAAAUUUCGUAGACAAUGUAAAUUAUCACAACAAACAUUAUUAUUUUUAUUGGACGAUGUUGAAACUAAAUCGAAUACUAUUGAUAAUAUCACAGAAACUUUUUGGGAGGACAAUAAAAGCGAAACAUUAAAACAAGAAAAUGAAUUUAGUGAUAAUUCAUACAACGAUUAUAUGUUCUUAGAAGAAUCUAAAGUUGAAAUUGAAUUAUCACCAAAUAGUCCUGAUGAUACAAAAUUAGACGAACACGUUGAAGAUAUUAUCGAGGAAGAAGAAGAUGAAGAAGACGUUGCUAUUAUAGACGAUGAAAUAUCACCAGAAGAUACAGAAGAAAAUGAAUAUACAUGUUUAAUAUGUUCAGAGAAAUUUUAUACAAAAACAACGCUAGCGAAUCAUACACGAAAUACGCACGCAGACCGUAAUCAUAAAUGUCAUGUUUGUGAUAAAACAUUUAUUGUUUAUUAUGCGUUACAACGGCAUCUAUUAACACAUGGCUACCAUUGUAAAUCAUGUUUUGAGAAAUUCGAUACGAAAGAACAAUUGGAAAAUCAUUUACCGGUACAUGAAAAUCAAGAUGGAUUUAUAUGCAAGGAUUGUGGAAAACAAUUUAGACGACGAUCACGAUUGAAAUUACAUAUGAGGACACAUACCGGAGAAAGGCCUCAUCUUUGUACCGUUUGCGGUAAAGCUUUUGCUCUCAGAGGGAAUUUAAAUACACAUAUGAGAAUUCAUACCGGUAUCAAACCAUAUAAUUGUAAACUUUGUGGUGAAAGUUUUGUUCAAUGGUAUUCAUUACGUAGCCAUUUAAUAACACAUGCCAAAGAGAAAGUUUAUAUAUGUCCGAUUUGUGGUAAAGCAUUUUCACGGCAAAGUUCCUUAAAACAGCAUGCGGUUUGUCAUUCAGAUGAACGUAAAUAUCCGUGUCAAAUUUGUGAUAAACGAUUUAAAAAUUCUAGAGAUCGUAAUUUACAUAUGGUUGUACAUACUGGUGAAAGAAAACAUCCAUGUGAAAUAUGUGGAAAAUCAUUUAACCGAGCAAGUAAUUUAAAAGUACAUAAUCGAAUUCAUACUGGUGAACGGCCUCAUGUGUGUGCCGUCUGUGGUCGUGGAUUUAUUCAACAACAUGUUUUAAAUAAUCAUAUUAAAACUCAUCAAAUUAAAUAA